UUGCAAUUUACCCAUCUAGACUUCUACACUUGAAGUCUAUCAAGUCUAUGAAGCACUAGAAGUCUUUGCGGAAGUAUAAUCGCAAGUUUAGGUGAAUUUACUAUCAUCAAAUAUCUUGAUGACUGUCAAAAACAUCCUUACCUAUGUUCAAUCAAUUUCUAUUUCCAAUCUAAUCGAUGACAAUAGCCAUACUCAUGUAUGAUUUCACACUUGCUUUCUCAUCAUGUGUCUAAUCUUACCACGCCGAGACCUCGGCGAAGGAAGUUUCCUCUACCCAAACAAAAGAAUGAAUGGUUGACGCUGACGCUGACGCUGACGCUGACGAUGUUCUGUCACCUCAAUCUUCAAAUAUGAUAUCUUGAUUGCAAAUCACGACUCCAUUCAAUCAUUCACACACCAAGUCACGCCUCUUCAUAUGCAAGCACGCCUAAGCACCCCGCUCUCCUCACAUGUUUGCGUACCACGAUGACCAGUUUCUUAUCGUCAAUUGAGGGGCAAUUUCCUUCCAACUGCCUUAUAGACGUGAUGACGAUACUCGGUAUACCAAUUCCGAUUCCACAACAUCUUUUCAUCGGAAAACAUAUUGAAAUCUGAUACUAUUUGUCUUUUGUAUCACCCGUUGAGACAAUAACCCGGGGUUAUACCAUCACCGAAUAAAUAAACAUGUCGAAAAUAUUCGUUGUCGGAGCAACAGGUCAUAUUGGUGGUGCUGUGUUAGAUCUCAUCUACCCGAAGUAUCCAGAUGUCCAUAUCAAAGCGUUGGUACGAGAUGAGAAGAAAGGCAAAAUACUUGUGGGUAAGUACCCGCGAGUAACUUUUGUUGUUGGGGAUCUGACAUCUUUGGAUCUUUUGACUAGAGAGGCGAAAGAAGCGGAUGUUGUUGUUAAUACAGGACCCGACGUCAAGCAAGAUACAGCUAUCUCAGCUAUCCUCGAAGGCUUAGCCAACCACUCCCCAAAAGCAUACUAUAUCCAUACUGCCGGGAGAUCACUCCUCUGGAAUUCACCCGGUAGCUCCCAAGCCGAACCAAAGAUCUUCGACGACGUCGUGGAUAUCCAAGCUUUAAAAUCUUUCCCACCCACCACACUCCACGCUACUUCUAACGCCCUCGUAUUCGCCGCCUCCCCAUCCACAAACAUAGCCAUCAUCUCCCCCACUGUGGUCCACGGUCUCUCCCUCUCUCCCCUCCAUCCCACCCCUCCUCUCCGCAAUCACAACCACCCAAUCCGGCUUCACCAUCUCUCCACCACAACCCUCCAAUCCCACAUCCACGUCCUCGACCUCGCUCAAAUCUACCUCUUCCUCCUCUCCUCCGCACUCACCGACCCCUCUCCUAACCCCCAAAAAUGGGGUCCCGAAGCAUUCUACUUCGCCGCCUCAGAAAAUCUCUCUUUCAGCGCAUACAUGCAAUUUCUCAUCUCGAAGGUGUCGAAACCACCUUAUAAUCUACUGCACAAUACACUGAUCGCGGAACUCCCAUUCUCGGAAGCGGUGAAAGUGGUAGGGACACUGACGGCGUAUUUAUUUGGCAUUCAUAUGCAAGUGAGAUGCACGAGGGCGAAAGAGGUAUUGGGAUGGGUACCGAGGGCGAAGAGAUUGGGGGAGGGAUUGGAUGAGGUGCUGGAGGUUUAUAAUAGGGAGAGGGAUAGUGGGGUGGGAAUGCAGGAAUUGGAUACGACGUAUGGGUUGUGAUGAUUUGUUUAGAUUUGUGGAUGAAGAUAAAUUGAUCUUGAUAGUAGAUUCUGUGGUUCUGCGGGGAGGUUAUGGAAUUAGAAUUGUUGAACUUCAGCAUUAGAUGCCAGGUUAUAUAGAUGUCAAAUUAGAAGGGAUAUCCCUCAUUCUUGGCAUGAAAACUUUCAAAAUU